UACAGGGCCUCGCCAGCUGUUGGGAAAGACUCUGAGACCAACGAGAAGGCGACAACCUGCUGCUGAGCACGGUGAAGAUGCCGAGACAUACACUCACGUCGCUAAAUAUCCGUAGGUUGGAAGCGAGUUUGAAGCCAAAUACGAUGAAGUACCCGUGAAGCUAACCUGCUAGUUGCUGGAUAGCGCACGUUUCGAAUGGAUAUUUGAUGCCGUUCACGGAGCCGUUAUGGGGGAGGAAUGGUAACAACACAAGAUGUUGGCAAACUGCCGCAACUUUGUGCCUCAAAAGUGCUGGCAUUCGUUACUAAGGUAACUAACCCUUGCUCACAUUGACAUUGACUGCAAAGCCUAUCGGGCUAACAGGAUGGCAUGACUCUUCCAUCCGCGGAAGUGGAAAUCUCCGGUCAGUAAACAGCAACUCGACUUGCCACAGGAUUUCAUCGUUGCCAUCGCCACAAACUUUGUGCUUUGUGACAAAGCACCAGCUAAUAUUGCCAAUCAGAGCGAACCCACGUCUAGUCUGCUAUCUCUGAUCCUAUCCGGAGGCAAUCGACAUCACAAGCCAGAAAUUGGCAAUUGAAUUUGUGAACGCAAUUUGCCUUAGGCAACUGCCUCACAUAAGCACCAAAAUGGUGGUCUGACACCGAGAAGCCAGACUCAUCAAAUACUUCAGAAGUACCAGGAAACUUGAGUCAAGUCAAAGUCGAUAUUUUCCACUGCAACUGCUGCAAACGUAACAUGGCUACACCGAAAACGAUUCAGCUUUAUCGUCAGCCAAUCAAACGCCGUCUUGAAGUUGGUUCGACAGAAGAUCGUCUGGUUUGGGUAAUUGUUUAUUGAGAGAAGAACGAUGCGACUCCUGCGGCUAGUGCUCAGCUUCGCGGUGCUGCUGUCCACGACCAAAGCCAGCAUCUUCGCGGGAUACACCGUGGGUCGACAAUUCCAGUACAUCGGCAAGUUCUGCUUCUCCUGGACGUCUACACUCGACGACAUCGCGGGGCGCAUUGCGGGCGAGAUCGAGACGGACGUGGAUGGACUCCAGGUCGCCAUCUACGACGACGAAGCGCUCUUCUGGAACUUCGUCAUGACCGACAUCUCCUGCGACUGCUAUUGCAAGGUCUCUGCCCAACACACCAAAGGCGUCUUUAACGUGACUGCCACCAAUAGUCACCACGUAACUCCGUUCACCUUCAACGUGGACAUCCGCGAGCAUCUACGACCAAGGUUCUGGUAUGUAGCGCUCGCACGUUGUGUACCGGGAGGGGACCAGUACAAACCCUCCUUCACAGAGAUCACAGAGACCAACUUUCGCAAAUACUACUUCUCCUCAUGGUUUAAAAUCCACAUGACGCAGGGAGAUGGGAGUGAGCUUCCCGUGCAACAACAAGGGCUGCCAGCCAUCUACGCAGUCAUGGCGGCGGUGGCAGGAGCUGCAGCAGCGGCACAACUUGUGGCAGUGCGGCGCAUGAGACAAAGCGAGUCAUUCCACCCGAUCAUGCGGAUUUUGACGCUAGUGGUGCUGUUUUUCUUCCUGUGCAACGCGCUGCUAUUCAUUCACUUUACUACGUACGAGUUCAACGGUCUGGGGGUACCGUUUUUCAAGUACGCGGCUAGGAUCACAGACGUAUUUGUCCGCGUGGGCACCUUAUUACUGGCCAUGGUGAUCGCAAAAGGGUGGACAAUCAACAGCGUCACACUGGAUGGCCAGAUCAAGCUUUCGUGUGUUAUUCUAGCCAUUCUCGUGCUGUAUUUGUCCAUGGCGAUGUGGUAUCUCGUGUGGCUCGACCCAGCGUCGACGUUGUACAUUUACGACUCGUGGCCGGGACUUGGCAUUUGCUUGUUGCAAGUGUGCGUGCUAGGUUGGUUCGUCAACACCAUUCUAGAGACGCGCUCCUACGAGAAAGCCUCGACAAAGCGGUAUUUUUUCCUCAGAAUGUGCUGCCUGUUUUCGGUGUAUUUCGUAGCCCUGCCUAUUAUCGUGCUCGUUGCUUCCUUCUUGUCGCCGUGGGUGCGUGAGAAGACCGUGGCUGCCAUGACGACCUCAGUGCACUGCUUUAUCUACUUGUCUCUCAUUUACACGCUGUGGCCGACUAGAGCACCACGCUACUUUGAGCGCCUCUAUUCCGUGUCGUCUCCAUCCGAGAAAGCGUCGUUGCGUGACCAGCAUCUCCCGACCGAAGAACUUUAAACCGCUCUCACUGGUAGUGAUGCUCUCCAAUUUGACGUAGCUAAUAGUUGUUUUUUUUUUUCGUUCCAGUCGAUUCAAAACACAUUGACGCAGUUCUACAUGAUGGUCCUGUUGAGAUGCAUUCUUGUCUUCCAGUACAGUGUGAGCGUUUGAGUCUCCAGGUGCGCCAGCUGUGAGAGUGCACGGAGAACUUCGUCGGUGCAACAAGCCGAGUUUGGGUCUUCUAUACUUCUGAUUUUCAAAGUCAAAUCCUGUGAAACAAACCAACACACACGAAAUUAGCAAGACCGAAACAGCAGUCUGAUAAAGCGGCAAACAAACCUCCAGGAGAUUAUCAAGAUCCGCUAUAGGCUCCAAUAUUUCGCUGACAUCCAGCGCUAGCUCAUCAGAGCGGUCUUCUUCGUUGAUUCCUGUAGGGCUUCCAUCGUUCCAGUUAUUGAUCGUCUCCAGAACCAGGGCUCGCAUCUGCGCGAUAUGACAGUAGAGAUCGGCCACGUCGGAACAUUGAAUAGUGAGGUCAACUGAUCGUUGUUGGUCUUCUGAAGGAGUGAAACGAAGGAGUAUGAGGCUUCCGGAAAAGGCUCGUAGUACCGUCCAGAGCUUCCCAUGCUGUGUUCGGCAGCUACGACGCAAUCGUGGAACCUCAGCAGAGGGUAUCUCCAGGAGCUGACGCAGGAACGAUACCAUCCUCUCGAGGCGGAGUUUUUCAAAAUUCUCAUCUUCAUCCUCGUCAUCCUCGUCGUCUUCGGUGGCAAAGAAUGAAGGGAUGGCUAUAACAAAUCGGGACGGAGGAGUUAACGCCAGAGGUGCAGCGUCAGAAGGCGAAAUUUUUGACCAUAACGCUGCGAACGAUGGAUUCCUAUGAGCAUGGUCAGUGAGUGCAGCCCACCACUGCACACCACUCCAGAGAACAGACGAAGACGAUUUUCCCUCUUUGGUUGCUCUACCGACUGGCAUGAACGGCUCGUGGCUUUGGCGGAAUGCAGCGUGAAUGGCAACUUGGCUGGUUGGAAUCUCUUCCUCGAUGGGCCGACUCAGCUGUGCGAAUAGGAAUCUUUUGUCUUGAAGCAGCGGAAUUGCGAACGACAAUGGAUCAUCCUGAGCAAUAAUACUCGCACCAAUAUGGCUGGUAUUGGACCGUUCAUUUUCUGGAUAUCCAUUUCGUGAAGGGCAAAAUACCAUCGAACACGAGACCCACAAACUUCCCUGGUCUUGCUGUGUGAGUGUAUCUGGAUCGAGGAUAAUGCUCUGUUCUCCGCGCGCUGUUAUAUCGUUCAGCGGAAAGGAACAAGUCGUGAUUGAACGUUGAUGAGUACGCACGUACAGACACAACCACCUAUGCCCGCAAAAACAUGGAUUGAGUGCCAAGAUUCUUAAUGAAUGUUCAUGUGAAUGAAUGAUGCACAACAGCAGCCACGUACCAGUCGUCAAGUGAGAUAAUAGCUUCGGGAUUCACGAAACCAAAGGAGCAAACCAGUUGUAUCGCCUGUCGAUCUGAAAAGAUCCCAGUCAUUGUCAUCGAGGCAUUCAAGUUGCACUUGACCACAGACUCCACACCUGCAAGGAGACACAGCAACAAUUACCAGUUGAGACGCACAGAUGCUGCUGAUAUCAUGACCGAUAACACGAACCUGUAGUUUCGACAAGCCGAAGUGUUUCCAAAGCAGAGUGCAAUGUCUUGAGCUGGAAGUCCAUUUGCUUCGAUUUAGUGCGCAGAUUAGUUGACUCGGAGGAAAUUUCAGCGAUUCGAUGCAAAAGAUUGCGAACCCGAGACUCACUCCCUAGUUCGGAUGACUUUCCACAUUUAUGGUUUUGUUGUUGUCCAGAUAAUGGUAGUACACUUGUUACCAUCGUGUGAAG